UUGGAGGCAAUAUCUGAUAAAGUAAAGAGCUUCUGGAACAAGAAUGAGGAAGCAGAUAAAUAUGAAGCUGCAAAAUUAACUGAGAUGAAGAAAAUAGAGUUUCUCAAGGCAUGCAAAUACAUAUCAUAUUACAGUCAAAGCAAGACCAUAUCAGUGAUGUUGGUAUGCAAUGCCACAGAAACAUAUCAAAGGGGCCAUAAACAUCUUAUAAGAACACCAGCAAUUGUUUCUAAUAUUAAUCUAUGCAUGCUUGAAAAUAGUAUUGAACCUGAUAAAAGCAAUAUCAAUACUGAAGAAUUGGAAGAAAUUUAUGAACCAGAACCUGACAAUAAAAAAUCUACAGAGGAGUUAGUUAUCAAUUACAACAGUCAUCCAAAUCUUAAUGCAUAUUGUAAGAUCCUUGAGUCCUUGCAAAAUCAUCAUAUUGAAGAAAAUUUGCAAUGUGCACAACAUUUUAUCAAGAUGCUCAAGUGGUCUUGUGUUGAUUAUGAACUUUUUUUAGCAACUGAAUGGGAAGGGAAAUCACAGUCAAUCCAGAUGCUUAAGAGUUUAAUAAAAAAGGGCAAGAUUCUCAACAGUGAUACAAACUACAUGUCAUCUCUCAAUGGCCUUUCAGCCAACCUAAAAAAAAUUAUAAUGAUAUUGAUGUACUCACAAUUGUUUCAACAAUUCCAACA